AGUAGAUAGCGCAUUGUCCGCCUGGCCAUCGAUUCACGCUUUAACCACUCGGUACUUGAUCCAUUAGAACGAUGACUUCGACGGCCCAACGAAUCUCUACCAUUACGGUUGAUCCAAUCACCAGCGACGGCAAAGAUGCCGGAACCCUCUUGACGCCGGCCUCCAAGGUAUCGAACGCGCACGUAGAGCUGUCGGUCAAGGACUUCCAGACCUUCAUAUCCUUCAUCUUCAGCAUCUCCAUCUUCGGCGCCUCGACCUUCGCCGUCAUCGUCGGGCAGAUGACGGACCCCGCCGACAUCUGGAAGCCGGGCCCGCCGCCCUUCACCAUGUCGCGGGUCCGCACCUUCCUCGCCGUCGCGUGGCUCUGCUUCGUCCUCGCCCUGGCCGUUGCGGGCUACUCGUCGAGCGUCCUGACGCUCUGGCGGCAGAGGGCGGGCGGGGAGUACGACGGCGCCUGGGUCAGGAAAUGGGACGCGUUUGGGAUUGCGGCCUCUGCCCUGUUGCACCUUCUGAUAGUAAUGGCCUUCUUGUUUCUCUCCCUGGCCCUGGUGGCCUACGUGGGCGUGGUGGGCUGGAUAGCUGUGGGAUUUUCGUCCUUGGCUCUCUUCUUCGUGGCGCAAUUGUCUAUUUUCCAGUGCUUGUAAGUUAAGACUUAGCCCAACUGUCUUCCCAGACUCAGUCAUAUAGUUCAGAAUUUGAUAUUGUCUCCCAAUGUCUCUAACCUUUUAUCCCAGGGGAUAUUUAACGCAACACUAGUACCUCUUUAACUUGUCAGCCUAGUACUAGGUAGUCCUGCCGUCUAGUCUUCCAUUCCGUCAACUUUAGGAGUUACAUCUUGGCUGAAAGUCUUGCUAUCGGAAACUGCGUGGAACUGGAACAGUCUAGGCUUAGAGGAACUUCAUUUAGUAAAGCGGUGAAACAUUACAUAGAUAGGUCAUUCAAUAGAGAUACUUCAUAAA